AAAAACGGAGACCUGAUAACGAUAACAGAAUAGCAGUAACCAAAAGCAAAACAGACAACCAUAACCUACAACAAGAGCAUCGCACAUGGAAGUCAUGUGCUGCUCUCUAUCGGUAUCUGUCGAAAUGAAAAGAGUAAACAACCUGAUCAGUGAUUUCAGUGAUAAAGGUAAUUUACUGAUAAGAGCGGCAAGUAACAUUCAAUGUGACUGUUGCUCGAACAUCUUUUAUUGUUUUUCAAUUCUCUUUGCGAUUAUUUAGUUGCUAAUGGCAAUAAUUUGAAUUCGCUCUGCUCUUUCAUUUUUCAUUAUUCGUUUAGUUACAUAUCUGACGUUCACUGUCACUGGUGUCCUCAACCAAUGCAUCCCAGUACUUGACCGAGGAUUUUCUUGUUUUCAAUCAUAAUGUAUGAACUUUGUUGCAUUAUAAUGUGCUUCAUCACGAUAGCAUCUGGUAAACAAAUACCCAAAGUUGCCAUAAUUGGAGGUGGCAUUGGAGGAACAUCCACUGCUCACUUCUUGAUUGAUUUAUUUGGAAGGAAAAAUAUCGACAUUGAUAUUUAUGAAGCAAACAAAAUUGGAGGCCGUCUCGCAACUGCCAAGGUUGGUGACUUCGAAUAUGAGACAGGAGGCUCAGUGAUUCACACGAGUAAUAAAUAUAUGGAAGAUCUCAUAUCUACUUUAGGUUUAAGAAAGCGUUCACACUGCUCCAGUCAAGAAAAUUUUGGGUUGUACGACGGUAGCAAAUUUGUGUUCAUGGAAAGCGAUUGGUCCUGGGUGACAAUGAUAAAAUUGGCAUGGCGUUAUGGAUUCAGCCUAUCAAAAAUAACGGAUAACAUUGACACCAUGCUUUCUCGAUUUGCAAGGAUCUAUGAGCUCCAGGCUAAUCACAAAACUUUUACAACUGUUCAUGAUAUGCUGCAUGCAAUGGACCCGUCAUUUCCAGCAAUGAUGAAAAAAACUACAUUCAAUGGCUUUGUCAGAGAUGGAAUAUCCCCAAAGAUAAUAGACGAACUGGUAAUGGCAAGCUUACUCUGCAAUUACGGUCAGGAUACUAAUGUUCAUCAGUUUGUCGGGUCUGUGUCUAUGGCUGCCGUACAAGGUUCUCUCUUCUCUGUUUCUGGUGGCAACAAAGGAGUUGCAGAGAAGGUCAUCUCACAUCACAAACUUAAUGUCAUUCACUCCAAAGUACUAAAAGUCAUCUAUGAGAAGGAUGUCCACAGAUUUGGCGUUAAUUAUGUCGGGAGUGGCAAAGAGAGUUCAACAAAGGAUUAUGACUUCGUAGUUUUAGCUGCACCUUUAACCCAUGACUUAUCUAAACUCCAGUGUUUAAAUCUGCCGGAUGGUGCAAAAAAAUGUUCGCAGAGAGGGACUUAUCAUAGAACCGUAUCUACUAUUGUUGAAGGGAAGGUAAAUAGUAAUUUUUUCGAAUCAAUGAAAGAGGAUGAACUUCCAGUGGAUAUUUUACUGACUAACAAGUCUGUAUUUUUCCGAUCUUUUAGUAGAAUCAAACCAGUUUCUACAAACAACUCAGGGAGCUGCGGCCCGCCUGUUUACAAGGUCUUUUCUCCAAAACCUUUGACUGACCAGGAAUUAAAGGUUUUGUUCAAAGAGAUCAAGUCGGUUCAAGUUUCAGACUGGUUGGCCUAUCCUGAGUAUGAUGAAGCUUUUGCAGCUGACAAUUUCGUUCUGUAUGAUAGGUUUUAUUAUUUGAAUGCUAUAGAAUCAGCUGCAAGUGCUAUGGAAAUGAGUGCAAUUUCUGCAAAAAAUAUCGCGUUAUUGGUUCAUGCGUCCUGGACUAAGGCUAAGCCUGUGGAACAUCUGAAUAACGGUCGUUUGAAGGAUGAAUUUCGGUGAAGAUAAUUUUAUUGGGGUAGUUGCGUUACACAAAAAAAAACCUCUGGCGCAAUAUUUAGGUAUUUCUGCUCAAAAUUAGGUUGGAUUUUCAGUGUUAAUGAAAAUCAUCUUCUCAGCUAAAUUUUGAUUAGAUGAGAAACUGUAAAAAGCAUGUCUUAUCAUUGAUGUCAGUAAUUUCAGAAAAUGAAUUGAAAGAACAGAGGACAACAGUCUCAUUGUAAUAUGAUAACUGUUAACGUAUCGAGGAAAAAUCAGACCAUUUGUUCUUUGUUGAGCACUUACCUUUUUUCAAUUUCAAUUUAUUCUUGAAGUUACAAACUUGACAGAAAAUUUUGGAAGAAAAAAUUGAGGUAAGGGGAGGGCAGUAAAAAGAAGAAACAGUUUCUUCUUUGCUUGAUUGCUGUAAAAUAUGUUUACUUGCAAAAAGCUGCGUUGGGAGAAGAAAUAAUGUCCACCUGUAACUGGUCUGGUCAAGCACAGUCUGUGAUCCUAUGUUAUUUUUGGUAACAAAAAAAAAAAACAGUGGUGUAUUUUUUCUUCCGAAAAUACAUUAAAAACGAAGUUACCUCUGAAAGUAUUUAAAAUUCUCACUUUUGAUUUCAUGCAAUUUUCAAGGAGGAAAUGUAGCACAGUUGAGUCACUGGUGAAUUGGUCAUGUUUGAACCAAAUUCUAUAAACGACUCAGAUUCAUAACAGAGGUAGCUGUUAUUUUUUCCAGGAAUGAAAGUAUGAAAUGUAAUGAAAAAUGAAACAAAUAAACAUUAGAAGUAAAUAUCAGUCAAAUAAUUUUUUACUUUGUAAUACUCAAGACUUUUAUUCGUCAAAGAGAAAACUCUCAUCGUGAAACAAGCAUCACUAUAUUUGUGCAAUGUAUAUGCUCAAAAUUAAAGUUAAGGUCAAAAUGAAUGUCAGGUCUUAUCUAAAAUUUUUUGUCUUUCAAUAGUUUUAAUACCUGCCAUCUCUUAUCAAUUAUGUUUGAUUUUAACAAAUAUUAAUUGGAACACUUGAAGCAAUUGUAACAACCAUUGUAGGAUUCUCAUCAAAAGACUGAUUUUAAAAUAUUAUUUUAGAUUACUUGAGUAUGUGCGUUUUGUUCCUCAAGCUUGUUUGAUCAUGCUAAUAUUUUUAUGGGCUUAGUUUGUUUGUAUUUUUUGACAAUUAGAAGUAGAUUUUUUAAUCCUGUAUCUUAUUAUUCUUUGUCUGAUUUUUCAUUUUUACACGAACUAGUACCUAGGUUUCUUUGGUAGCAGAGCCCAUUUCACACCGUUCCUCUUUGCAUCUGACAGAAAAUUGAAAGAGAGUUGAACACAUUAAAAUUUGAUAAAACUGCCGUUGCUGUCUGAUAUCGUCUAACAGAAUUUGGGUGUCUCCAUUAGCUCCAGGCUCACGAAGAUACAGCGUUGGUUAAUGUCGAUUGAAAGACUUUAUUUCUUCUUUCAAAAAUUUUCAUCAAAUUGGCGCUGCCGAUUGGAUGGAAAGUUGAGGGUGAUGUCACAUUUAAGUUUCCGUUCAACUUUUCAUCUGAUCGUUGUGUUCUCGUGUCAGUAUCACAUGAUUCAACUUUUCAUUUCACAUAAGAGGAAGAAAAGUUGAACCGUGUGAACUGGCCUCAGUCGCCUGAUUGCCAAGCAGAAAAUUAAUAAGUAUGACCGAAGGGCUUGGUGUGUAAGCAUUACUAUGGUAUUAAAUUGAGCAGGCGAGGCUAGCUCAUUAUUGUGAUAAUUUUUUUUUUUAAAUGAUUCGUGCAUACAUUAAAAUUGUAAAUAGCAAUGAUAUGAAUGGUAAAAUAAUAAUUAGCGAUGAAUAAAAUAUUACACUUGAAAUAAGAAUGGUCUACCUGAAAGAAACGUUUAAAAUUAUUUUACUACAACAUACCUUUCAUGAACUGUAUUUUUUGAAAAAUUGUCGAUCUAACUGUAAAAUUACUCCAAAGAUGAACAGAUUUAUUUUACAAAAAUAAAACCGAGAACCAUUGCAAAAUUGA